GGGGACGUGGUGGCUUUGGCGAGGGAUUUAAAAACCUCAUCCGAACACUGGAUAGGAGAUAUACAAUUCCCUCUUGCACAUAUUUUAGCCGUGUUGCAAUCCCACAGUUACACAUUGAAUGUAGGAGUAAAGUUGAGACGGAAUUGAAACACGUGGAAUAUUACGCCACAACAACAGACUUGUGGUCGAGCCGGACGACCGAACCGUAUCUUAGUUUCACUGUGCACUAUAUCAGUAAUGACUUCGAGCUGAAGACUCGCUGUCUGCAGACAGCAUACUUCCCUGUAGACCACACGGGACAGAAUAUUGCGCAUGGACUAAGGGAAUGUUUAUCCAGUUGGGGUCUGAAUGAAGAAGGACAGACGUGCAUAACCACUGAUAAUGCAGCAAACGUCAUCAAAGCUGUGGAGUUAAAUGAAUGGACCAGACUUCAGUGUUUUGGCCACAGGCUGCAUCUUGCCAUUGAAAAUGCUUUGAAGGGUGAUGCAAGGGUAAAUCGGGCAACAGGACUUUGUAAGCAGCUGGUUAGCCAUUUCUCACACAGCUGGAAAAAUAAAAACGCACUGAGUGAGGCACAAAAACAUCUGAAUCUGCCAGAGCAUUCCUUAAUCACAGAGUGUCCAACAAGAUGGGGCUCUAGACAGAAGAUGAUUGCGAGGGUCUUGGAGCAGUGUCAGGCCUUGUCUCAGGUUCUCUCUGAAGACAGGAAGACACGUCACUUAGUUCCCACCUGGCAGGACACAGAAGUCCUUGGGUCUAUCAAUGCCGCCCUACAUCCCCUCCAGGACUUCACAGAUGCCCUCUCUGGUGAAACAUAUGUCAGCGUAUCCUACCUGAAGCCAGUCCUGCAUCCCCUGAAAACAGAAACCCUGGUUGAAAAGGAAGAUGACACCGACCUAACAAAGGCCAUAAAGUCAAGGGCCCUUGGCUAUAUGGAGGACAAAUACAGUGACCCAGCCAUACAGGAGAUUCUUGAUGUAGCUUCAUUCCUUGAUCCACGAUUUAAAAUGGGCUACAUAAGGCAAGAGAAUAUUCCAGAUAUCAGAGCAAGAGUCAUGUUAGAAAUGGAACAAGAGGAGAAGAGGGCUCGUCUUAGCACCACAGAUGGCAUGCAUCAAAGUGCAGCUGAGACAGAACCAUCAACAUCCACAGUGAAGAAGGGGAAACAGUCACUGGGAAGCUUCUUCAAGAGCACCGCAGUUCCCCCUGCUUCAUCUGUGCAGUUAGAGGACACCAUGGAAGCUGAGCUGAACAGCUACCUCAUGACUCCUGCUAUUGAUGGAGAGCAAGAUCCCUUGGCUUGGUGGAAGGUACAUAGGGUUAACUUUCCAAGGCUGAGCAAACUGGCUCGCAAAUACCUAUGUAUACCAGCCACAAGUUCUCCAUCUGAGAGACUCUUUAGUGCUGGCGGAAACGUUGUGACAUGUGAGCGCUCAUGUCUGAAACCGGCAGACAUGUAGACAUGUUAGUGUUUUUGGCCAAAAAUUUGUAAAUGCUCUACUCAAUCAAGUGUUGACUUGGGGUGAAAAAGAAAUUUUAGCAAGUGUUUGUAAGACUUCGGUUGGAGUCAAGAUUUGUUCUGCACUUUAUUUUGUAAUGCCACUUACUGGCAGCAUUUACUGCACAAAGAAAAUUCUUCAUUGCACACAUUGUUUGGUCUUAUUUCAUAUUAUCACAUGUUGAAAAUAGCCUAAUUUACUUUGCUAUGCCGACGCAAAAUGUGAAACUGCAGUCUAAGCUAGCAUUUAAAAAAAUAUUUGUAAUAUAUUAUUUUACUUAACCUGUUUUGUAUCUUAAUUAUUUAAUCCAUAAAUUAGUCAUUAAAACAAGUUUUUUAAGCGCGACAUCAAUGAUCAACGAAUUGGAGCAGGUCCAUUGAAUCAUUUUAAAAUGUCAAAUAGCCUUCAAUUUAUAGGUUAUAACUGCAUCUGUCUCUGAUAGACUUGUGAAGAUUUAUUUUAAUAAACCUGUUUGUGUGGAGUAGGGAAUGCACCUGCAUGACAGGGAGUUGCAUUUUUUCCUGACAAUGAAACAACUUAAAAUCAGUUGGAAACUGAUUUUAUUUCUGUAACCUCAUAACAACAAAACAUUGCUUUUGUAAAAUAAUGAAAACAAACAGGACACGCUUUCUGCCAUCUCUGAAUCUGGAGUGCGUUACAAACCACCCCCGAAACUCAGCGUAUGGCUGCCUCACAGACAUGUGAAAUAUAUCUAUAGAACUUUUAAACUGCCUACUUUUAAACCAACCAAUUCACAAACAAAUAUUCCCUGAUUAUUGCAAUCUGUAGCCUAUGUAGGUUACAUUUCUCUCUAAAAGCGCAUCCAGUAUGGAGAUGAGUCAUUAUUGUGUAGGCUAUUUCAUCUUUGCAGCCGACAAGGACUCAUAAACCCUAGUUUAUUAAUAAACAAUUAAAAUGUAUCCUUUUUUUCCGACACAUUCAUAGUCAUUAGGCGACUUUUGCCUGUGCUUGGUGGCAAACUUUAUGCGUGUGCUUGAGCGUGGAAUAUAUUGAAGUUCAUUGGGUUAGGCCUAUUAGCUUUAGGGGGGCAGCCCUAUUAAAUACCCACUAGACGUCUCUGUUAAAGUUUUUAAAGCAUUUUAUAGCUACGCAUUUCCAUAGUCGGAAUAAUUCCGCUUUCAGAACUGUCACGUCCGUUAUGGAGAGAUGUCCGUCCGUAACAUUGAUUUUUCCUCUGAAACACAAAAAUGAAUAUAUUGUCACACAAUGUUUUUGCACAGUUUUGGACACAGAAGGCCACCAAAUGGGAAUUAAAUAUUCCAUGGGGGGAUUUAUAAAAUAUUUUAAAAUAAAUACGGUGGGUAACUCGAAGUGAGGGUUUACAGAUCACAAUGCAAGCGGGAGAUUAUUACAGUCAACACUAUCAUGGAUCAUGACAACAUGCAGGAUCAAUUCUGUUCUUGUACCGCAGGGUACGGUUAAAUUAAUUUACAUUUAACCAUUUUAGUAUGGAGAGACACUGAAAUGUAGACCUUCAUUUAUUUGUUUUUGACCUAGCCUAAACUGUACAUGAUGAGAGAACAAAACAGUCACCUAUUCUGGUUUGUAAUAGCACUGCACUAACUUUACUGUUAGCUAGUUUUAGUCCGAGAUACCUUUCUGAAGCACAAGAUGACAUUAUUCUGCUCGAGCAGAUGAAAAUUGUAACUUAAUGAGUGUAUGACAACCAGAAAAUAAACAUUUAUAGAAUAAAAUUAAUUCUAUUGCCUAUCCUCUCAGGAUACCUGGAAUCAGUGUUACAAGUACCACGGGCACAUCGUUUUUGCAUUUUUUGUAGCAUAAACACCAUCAAACCGAUGUGAGCUUCGGAUCUUCCACUGUUUAAUGCCCCCUGAAACCUAAAGAUAUGUCAGAGUUCCGCCUCCAGUGCAACUGAUACUCGACUGCCAUUGGCUCAUCUGUGUUUGAGGGGAGGGGCUUACCGAUAGGUCAAUUGUAUGAUGUGAUAGUAUGUCCCAAAGCUUGCCUACUAUUCUACUACACACUCAAAAGUGUGUACUUUUUCUUCACCAAAAGAGUACAUACUUUAAGGGCAUAGUAAGUAGACACACUGGGAUGCAGAAUGAGACACCAAAUAUCGCCUAUUUCUGUGAUACGACUAUAAGCAGCAAAACUGUAGAUCUCUCAUUAAUUAGAAGAACCUUGGUGAUCGUUAUGCUGUCACACACUCACUCCUUUCACAAUAUUUAUUUUGUGUAAAACCAGAGGUGGAAAGAGUACGAAAAUAUUCUACUCAAGUAGAAGUACCAUUACAUUAAUUAAAUUUGACUUACACUCUAAAAAGGCUGGGUUAAAAAAUAACCCAACCUUAACCCAGCCGCUGGGUAACUAUGGGACAGAACACGUGGGUUGUUUUGACCCAAGUGCUGGGUUGAGCCAUUAGACCCAGAAUGCUGGGUUGUUUAUUUAACCCAACUAGUGGGUCAGGUUAACUGUGUUGCUGGGUUAAACAUUACCCAAACAUUGGGUUAUUUGUUGUUUCAUUGCCUUGCUACGUUUAUAUUUACCAAUAUUACUAAUAAUAAUAAUAAAUAACAAUCACAAAGAAAUGUAAAAUUAUUAUUUUUCUGUAAUACAAUUACACAACACAAAAUAUGCAACUGUAAAUAUCAAUUUAAUGAGUUUUCACAUUUCUUUUUAAAGAUUUUUUUGAAUGGGUGCUAUACUGUUACACAUUACACCCAAUCCCUACAGACACAAAUAAAAUGUUUUUUGUAGAUCAGUUUCUUUAAAAAACAAAACUUUGUAAACUAGGUACUGUAGAUUCCUAUUCUUUGUCAACAUUGCAGCAUCAUAACACUAUAAAAUUGAUUAUUGCCACAGGAGAAUCAGUCCAAACAUUGUGCCAUUAAACCUAAGCCAAACAAAGAGACCUACAACAGACAAUACAUGUGACAAAAAAUUAAAACGUUACAAGUGGCCAGAAAAAACUGUUGCCCUCAAAUACUUCACACAUGAAGACUCAUGUCCAUCAAUAUGAUAUACUGCAUGCUGGAGAAAUUCCCAGGAAGGAAGAUGUUAGUGUAGUGUUACGUCUGGGGACGUAGUUCUUUCUCUCUCUCUUUUUUUCUCUCUCUCUCGCUCUUAGGUGACUCCGCCCUAAUUGGACAUGAAGACGCAUCUGCUGAUUCGUCCUGGGGAAAUCCAACGUCUUUUGAAAUAGUGGGACGUUGGAAGUGGAAAAUGGGAGAGAGAGUUGUUGGCAUUGUUGUGUGUUGUGAAUUGAUCUUUGUGGUGACAUAAUAUUGGUGUUUUCUGAGUGGAUAAUUUGUGUAGUGUAUAACUGAGUUUAUUUUGAUCUCUGUUACAGUGUUGAUUGUCUCGUGGUUUCGACUGUUUAACUAAGUUUACUUUUCUUUUGUUUACUAACAAGGCUGUAGGGAUUGGGUGCCGUUUUUCUUUAUUGUAAACUACGUUUUCUCCUGUUUUUGGUUUAGGUAGGGAGUCAGGGAAGAAUGCUGUCAUUUGUUUCUUUUUUCUUUAUUUAGAUUAUUUAGACUCCCUGGGUAUAGUUAGUGUUACGUUUUGUUUGUUGUUUUGGCUUUGCCCAAUCCCGAAGAGAGAGCCUUUUUACUGUGUUACUACAAGUGAGAUUUAAAAUAAGAAAAUAAAUUCACCAAUACAAAGUAACAUCAGAUCUCAGAAUUCUUUAUUUAUGUUGGCUUCCCUGACCCUAGACCAGGGUCGUAACAGUAGCUAACAUCAAGCACAAAAAAAGGACUUGAAAAAGAUAAACAGCCUCAAGCAACAAAUCCAUUUCAAUGGCAUGGCCCGAAACAAUGGUGAAGGUGUGGGAUGUCGCUGUCUCGUCACCAAGGCACAAAAUGUACAGGAAUGCAUCACCAUGUUGGUCCCCACCGGUUGUACGUCAAAUGAAUGACUUCCAGGAUUCUGGUUGUGGGUCUGAAGACCUUUCCUCCGUUCUUGUAUAUUGAUUGGGGAAGCAGAGUGGGCAGGACUUUGAAAGCACUCUCCCUUUUAGC